UUCCCUCGGCAUUUUCGGCAAGCACUGGCUCUGACGUCGGAGAACGUGCGCCUGCAUCCUGCUUCGGUCAUCCUACCUGGCUGACUCUGGGUCCGGCUUCCUUCCCCAGGCCGCGGCCUCCUCAGUUAGACCGCGGGGGCUUGGGUUGGAGGUCUGGGGGCCUGCAGCUUGGGUCUGCGACCCGGACUCAUCGGGUCGGGGAUUCCGAACUGCGCGGGUGCGUCACGGAUCCCUUGCGGUCCGGGGGAGCCCCUGGGCCCGCUAACGUUCGCUGGCUACGUUCAUAGUCGGAGGCAAUGAGAAAUCUCGUUCCGAGGCUGUGGGGAACAGAGAGGUCAUUUUCUCCAGAACGAGCCCCUAGGCCGGAGCUCCGUGGCCCCUGGCGGGGGAGCCCCUGGCCUAAGCCUCAAGGCCCAUUCGGGGGUGGUAGGACGCCAGGGAUGGGCACGGGCCGCGUGUAUUUUUUCUCCGUCCUACCGGGUUAGCGUCAGGAGGCCGCGGGAUAGGGUCACGUUCACGGCCGCCGGUGCGCGCCUGCGCGCUGCGGGCGUGCGCGAGCCGCUCGGUCCCAGCGCCCGGGAGGCGGCGGCCGUUGGAGGCGGGUCGGGGGAGGCCCGGAGAAGCUGGCGGGGCGGGGCGUCUCCCGAGGCUCGGCGGGCCGGCCGCGGCCCGCUCAGUGUGGCUCACAGCGGCGUCCGGCGGAGGCGGCGCCGCCUGCUCUCCUCAGGCUGGGGCUCCCUCCCCGCCCCCGCCCCCGCCCUCGGCGCGGCUCCCCGAGAGAACCCGGAGGAGCGCAGAUGGGAUUAGAGAUCACGCCGGCGGUGAUGUCACAGGAGCAGUCCGAACCUGGCUUCUCAGACUCCAGCGACGCCGCGCAUCCCCCUGCGGUUUGUUAAAGAUCAAAAGAACACAGAUUUAGAGCUGGAUUGGAUAUUGACAGAUCUUCUAGUUCAACUCUUUCAAUUAAAGACCAGGAAAAGUGAGGCCCUAAGAGGUUAAGUGGCUUCCUCAUGGUUAUACACUGAAAUUUUUAUAUGGUUUCUGUGAAGUCUUUUAAAAUUUUAUCCAGCAAGCACUUAUUAAGUUUUUAUAUAUGCCAAUCGAAUUGGGCCUUUGGAGAUAAGCAUGAAAACUGAAUGGUCCCUGCCCUCAAAGAACUUCUAUUCUAUUGAAGGAAAUCAACCUGUGCACAAAAGGGUGGCUUUCUAGAGGAUGACCAUAGAAGACCUUCCAGAUCUUCCCUCAGAAGGAAAUUCUUUGAUUGGAAGAUACCCAUUUUUAUUUUCAGGUUCUGAUACACCGGUUAUCUUUUCAGUUUCUGCAGCACCAAUGCCUUCAGACUGUGAGUUUUCUUUUUUUGAUCCUAAUGAUGCAUCGUGCCAAGAAAUCCUUUUUGAUCCUAAAACAUCAGUAUCUGAAUUAUUUGCCAUUUUAAGACAAUGGGUUCCCCAAGUCCAACAGAACAUUGAUAUUAUUGGGAAUGAGAUUAUCAAGAGAGGAUGUAAUGUUAAUGAUAGAGAUGGACUGACUGAUAUGACUCUUCUCCAUUAUACCUGCAAAUCUGGAGCUCAUGGUAUUGGUGAUGUUGAGACAGCUGUAAAAUUUGCCUCUCAUCUCAUUGAACUGGGGGCAGAUGUCAGUUUGAGAAGUCGCUGGACAAACAUGAAUGCUUUGCAUUAUGCUGCUUACUUUGAUGUCCCAGAACUUAUAACUUUAAUUUUGAAGGCUUCAAAACCAAAAGAUGUGGAUGCUACAUGCAGUGACUUUGCUUUUGGAACAGCUCUGCAUAUUGCAGCAUUUAACUUGUGCACGGGGGCUGUGAAGUGUUUACUGGAACAUGGAGCAAAUCCUGCAUUUAGGAAUGACAAAGGACAAAUCCCUGCGGAUGUUGUUCCAGAUCCAGUCGAUAUGCCAUUAGAGAUGGCAGAUGCAGCAGCCAGUGCUAAACAAAUCAAACAAAUGCUAUUGGAUGCUGUCCCUUUGUUAUGUGAUGCCUCAAAGACCAUGCUCCCAAAUUAUGAUCCUACAAGUGGCAAAAGUAUGCUUACAUCAUUAGGCCUGAAGUUGGGAGACCGUGUGAUCAUUGCAGGACAGAAGGUUGGAAUAUUAAGAUUUUGUGGCACAACUGAAUUUGCCAGUGGACAGUGGGCUGGCAUUGAGUUGAGUGAACCAGAAGGAAAGAAUAAUGGAAGUGUUGGGAAAGUUCAGUACUUUAAAUGUCCUCCCAAAUACGGCAUUUUUGCACCUCUUUCAAAGAUAAGCAAAGCUACAGAUCGAAAGAAAACUAUAGGACGAACACCUUCUGCACGCACUACAGUAUCCGUCAGAUCCCAGAAAAUUGAUGUUACUCAUGUAACUUCAAAAGUAAACACUGGAUUAACAACAUCCAAAAAAGAAGGUGGUUCUGAGUCAACAUCUUUAUUGUCUCCUGGUGAAGCACUGAAAACUGUACCUGGGAAGGAAGCUGUUCCACCUGUUUCUAUCAGUUCCUCCUCUUCUAUCUCCUCCUUGGACAACAAACAGAUGCACCCCAAGAAAUGGAAUCCAAACAACAAUAAUAAGGAGGCGUCGAUGAAAAGUUCUUCCAUUUCAUCGAGAGCCAGUGCUGCAGGGUCGACCACUUCAGCUACAUCUCUGGGAAAUAAACGGGAAGAAGAGGUUCGUGUUGGUGACCGAGUGUUGGUGGUAGGCCAGAGGAUUGGCACUGUCAGGUUCUUUGGCACAACAAACUUUGCUCCAGGAAUUUGGUGUGGUAUUGAGCUUGAAAAACCAUUUGGCAAGAAUGAUGGUUCAGUUGGAGGUGUGCAGUACUUUACUUGUCAACCAAGAUAUGGGAUAUUUGCUCCCCCAACCAGAGUGCAGAGACUAAAAGAUACUCUUUUGGAGAAUGCAUCAAGUAAACGAAAUCAUCCUUUUCCAGGUUUUAGACGAAGUUUCAGUACAACUUCUGCAUCUUCUCAAAAAGAGAUAAACAGAAGAAAUGCUUUUGAAAAGCCAAAAAAUGCUUUACUUCGUCGAAGCUGGAGCAGUACUCCAUCAACUGGGGGUAUGGAAGGAGCUGUGAAGCUGCACGAGGGCUCUCAGGUUCUCCUGACAAGUUCUAAUGAAAUGGCCAUUAUUAGGUAUGUGGGCCCCACUGACUUUGCCCCAGGAACCUGGCUUGGACUUGAACUCAAAAGUGCCAGGGGAAAGAAUGAUGGCUCAGUGGGGGACAAACGUUAUUUCACCUGUAAGCCAAAUCAUGGAGUGUUGGUUCGGCCAAGCAGAGUAACCUAUCGGGGGAUUAAUGGGUCAAAGCUUGUGGAUGAUGAUUGAUGAACUUGAUCUCUUAAAUGAGGUCAGCUGUAUUACAUGUGCAGAGACUGUGUCACCCUAGAGGCUCUGAUAUAUGUGAGUGCAUGGGAAAUGGUGACUUACUUAACUGUUACUCACAUUUUGAUAACACAACAAUCUUCAUAGUAUCAUUAAGACAAUUUAUAGAUUAACUUUUAAACAAAAGGAGUAUGAAAUUUUUAAGAAUCAUGAAUCUCUUAAGAUCAUUUAAAGGGAACUUAUUUUUUAAAGUUUUUAGACCCAAGUGUGGUCCUGAGAUGCCAGAAAAUUAUGCCAUUAGGAGACCAACUGAUGUAUUCUGUUGCUUGUUCUGUCUUUUAGCAUAUACAAUUGGGUUAUUGUUAAAAGUAUUGAAUAGCAUAUUACUUUGGUAUUUCAUUUAGCUGUCCAUAGUGCUUUGGGAAUAAUUAUCCCUUUCUGCGCUUUCAUCAAUAAGGGCUAUAUACGUGAAAACAUCUGUUUCCUCUCUGAUCCUCCUGAGAGAUCCCUGCUCUGAAGAUUUGCAGUCUUUAGAAUUUUAGGACUGGAAAUGAUUUAUCUAAGCCACUCCUCUUAGUUUAUGGAUAAGGAAACUGAGGUACAGAAACAUGAAGUCAUUUCUCCAUGGGCUCAUAGCUGAUAGCAAAGUAGGGAGUGCAGAGCAGGCCUCCUGACCCCCAGUCUUGUGCCAUCUGCACCACAUAUACUUUAGGGAUCCUUGGCAUUCUUCUGAAUCACUUAACAGGAAUCACUGACAAAGCACCAUGUAGCGAAUCAGGUCCUGUUUUAAAUACCACCUUAUUGUUGCAUAAAAGACCAUAUUGGGAAGAAGCACUUUUAAAAUUUGAUGCACUUUCAUCUUUGUGGAAAGUCCUCGCUGUAUCUUGAAGUCCUUUGCCAGUUUUCCCUGCUGGCUAUGGAAGUUGAAAAAAACAACCCAGUUUUAAAAAUUCACUUAAAAGCAAGAAGCAGAUUGACAUAUCCUAGGCUUACAUAUAGAGAGCAGUGUGGUUUACCACAUAAUUUUCUUCACCCAAGAAUAGAAGUGAAUAUUGCACAGUUAGUCAAGGUAUAUGUGGUACAUGUUCAUUUAAGUAUUUCUUCACGUCUUUGUAGUUCUCUUUGUAGUGUUACUCCUAAGGCAGCCAUGACAUUUGCCUUAGUUGGUUUUGGAUUUUCCCAACUGUAGCAAAGCACAAGUAUUUGAGCUUUGGCUAAAUGCUACACAAAUUUGGCGGGAGAGCCCAUUUUCAGUCUGUGGCUUGUGCCCAUCUUUGACUUUAAACUUUGUAAUAGAAUUAAUGUUACAAGGAAUUUGUGUUAUGUCUGUGUCUGGAUGUUUGUGUUCCAUAAAUGUAAAAGAUUUAUAUUUUAUUGUACAUAUUUAGAUUUGAAGAGACUACAGAAAUAGUAAAAUGGUUCACUUUAUAAGAUUUAAAAUUAUCCUUAACAAUGGAACUGCCUUUGCACUUAGAAAUAACAUGUUCAGAUAUUUUGCAAUAUACUAUUUUUAAACUGAAUCCUGCUGCUCUGCUGCUCUUUUGAAAAAAGCUGGUAUUCGAAUACUGCUAGACCUAUUUUCCUGAAAUCGGUUUGCAAAACAAGGCUGUAAUACACUGCCUUUUAAUCAAGGAAUAUUUUUAUUGACUAAAGAAAAUGAAUGUACUGUGAUUUUGAAUGUAAACUUAUUUUAUUAUACUGUUUCCUAAAAACUGUUUAUUUAUACUUUGAGAUGUAUGUGGAUUCACUGAACUUUUACAAAGUCCGAAAUGUUUCCUGUUGUACAUCAGAGCCCUAUAAAUUAAAAUCUGUUAUAUUGAUGUUGACAAUGAUUUGCUUUUAAGGAAACCAUAAACCACUAUUUUUUUCUCUCUUGCAACCUUUAUUUUCUUUCAUGCAUAUAAUAUGUGAAUAGAGAAUAUCUAUUAAAUCCAUACAGACUUAUACAUUCUUGCAUAAAUACAUGAAAACAGUUUUUUUCACCUUUAGCUUAUUGUCAGUCUACUUGUGCUCAAUUGUAGCUUCUCAAAUAUAAAUAAAAUGGAAACCAUUA